UCACACAAUAGUAUAGUUAUCCACUUGCAAAACGAUGGCAGAAUUAGAAGCACAGUUGUUUUCAACAAAAGACUUUAGCCCUCGUAUUCAGGAUGCAAAUUUUCCGUGUGUGUGCUUGAAUGACAGUGGAACUGUGGUAGUAUUCUAUCAAAGUAGAGGUAAAGUCUACUAUGUGAUUGGCAAUACUGAUCUGCAACACGAACACGACACUUCUAAGAGCAGCUUGAAUAGUAAGCAUAGGCUGGAUUGGGGUGAUUCACAAUUGUAUGGAGAUGGCUGCAAUGUCAAGGCUGCUAUUAAUGAUCAAAAUGAGGUUGUUUUGGUUCGAAGUCGCACUCGUAGACGUGAGUGUAUGUACCGAGUGGGAAAUGUUGAUGUUAGUGCUAAGUGUAUCAAUUGGUGGAGCAAUGAGAUGUGUUUGUGCUCUGGUGUAAAUCCAACCGUUGCUUUGGUAGGAAAUACCGUCCUAUUUGUUUAUGAGGCCCAGUAUGGAUUUUGCCGUUGUUAUUACGAAGUCUCAAAAAUAGAGAACAAGCAGAUUUGGGCCACACGUAAUAUCAAAGCAAGACUUAUACCCGAGUUAAAUGGGUGUAAAGAAGUAUCGAUAGCUAUUAACCAAAGUGGUCGAGUUGUUAUAACAUGCCGCAAUGCUGUUGGAUCUGGUCUUUAUUGUGCUGUAGGAAGCUUAAUAGAUGCUACUGUCCGUGACGUAACGUUAAAUGGCACUCCUUACGUAAGUGGCUAUUACUCUUGUAUUUCUGUGCUGAAUGACGGAAUCGUAGUGAGUGCUCAUGAAGAUGAAGCGUUUGGUAACUCUAGCUUGAAGUUGCUAUGUGGACGUGUUAGUGACAGUGUGAUUAACUGGGAAGAGGAGCAGGAGUUGGAUCAUGGCUACAAACCUUCAUUGGCUGUCAGUAACAAGCAGCAGAUGAUUGUUGUACAUGUGGACAAGUCAGGUGUUCAAACACACGGGGAAUUGAAGUACAAGUUUGGAACUCUGUCCUCAAGGCUUCAUUAAGAACAGUAUAUACAUGUAGAAAUCGACACGUACAUUUAAAGAUUAAGAAUAGUGAAUUAUUGUCAGUAUUAUGUCAUGUCCUAUCUUUUAAAAUUAUUUCAUUGUCUUUUACUAUAAUUAUAUGCAUACAUCAUCAUGCUAAAGGUCGCGCUCCAUUGCAGCUAUAUUUGGUUAUAAGUACAAUGAAAUUCAAAUGUGAUGAAUCUUGUUAAUGACACACCCAUUCCAUUGUUUAGUUUCCUAGCUAAUAUAUGGCUACCACCACAAAACGAUCUCUUGAGCCGAACUUGCUAUCGACUCGAAAAUUCGAGCCCAGAAUCCGAUGGGCUAACUUCCCGGUUGUCUGCAUGAACCAGAGUGGUGUUGUGGUAGUAUUUUAUCAGCAUUUGCGCAAAAUCUACUUUAUUGUUGGGUCAGUAUCUGUGGAUCUAACCACUGAACGAAACUUUGGAGGAGGUACUCUUGCAAAGCACAGCUGUGAGUGGGGAAAUGUGCAACUUUACGGUGAUGGCCUAAACGUGCGAGCUGCUCUGAAUGAAAGCAAUGAGAUUGUGGUUGUUCGUAGUGGCACGUAUAGACGUCGGUGCAUGUAUCGGAGUGGUGUUGUGAGUCAAAAUGAGAGAAAUAUUAUUUGGAAAGAAGAUGACACGUUUUUCACAAAAGGUGUUAAUCCUGCUGUAGCAUUGAAGGGUUCUACUGUGAUAUUUGUUCACGAGCUUAACUUCGGCCUGUACCGAUGUUUUUACAACAUAGCGAAGAUUAGUGACGGUAGUAUACGUUUUAUUGGUACUAGAAACCAACCGCUUCCAGCCCUAGAUGAACGCAAGGAAAUAUCUCUAUCUCUGAAUGCUAGCGGUUACGUUGUAUUUUCGUGCCGGUGGUGUGUAGGUGGGAAUCUUUUCUAUGCAGUUGGGAAGUUGUCAGAUGGUGAAGACAGUAUUAAUGAUGUUGUAAGAGUGCAACAGUACGCUCAGGGUGUCUAUUCUCAUAUUUGCCUACUUGAUGACGGAAAUGUUGUGGAAGUCCAUGAGAAGUUGAUGAGCAGUUUGUGCAUGUUCAAGUUUGGACGGUUGGAUGGCAACACUAUUGCUUGGGGGGAAGACUUGGAGUUUGACUACGGCAAUAAUCCGUGCACAGCAGUAACCAAUAACUGCCAAAUGAUUGUGGUACGAGUGACAAGGCCGUACGUUGCACCUGGGGAACUUCAUUACAAGUUCGGCUUCCUGUCCGAGUCUGUUGGCCAUGCAUAGCAGCACAAACUCAACCCACCUCACUCUUCAGGAAACUUUCAUUAACUUGUCUAAAUGUGUGGCGUCAGGUGUAUGAUGCAUGUAGCUAUAAAAUAAGGACUAUUGGCUCUUCUGUGUGUAGCCAAGUAAUGUACACAUGACUUGUCAAUGACCAC